AUGUCCACUGAUUCUAUUGUUAAGACCUCUAACUGGAGAUUAGUCGAAGUUGGUCGUGUUGUUCUUGUCAAGAACACUGGUAAAUUAGCUACCAUUGUUGAAAUCAUUGAUCAAAAGAAGGUCUUAAUCGAUGGUCCAGAAACUGGUGUCCAAAGACAAUCCAUCCACUUAGGUCAAGUUGUCUUAACUCCAUUAACCUUCGCUUUACCAAGAGGUGCUAGAACUGCCACUGUUGCUAGGAAGUUCGCUGCAGCCGGUAUUGUUGAAAAGUGGAACCAAUCUUCUUGGGCUAAGAAGAUUGCUCAACGUGAAAGAAGAGCUGCUUUAACUGAUUUCGAAAGAUUCCAAGUCAUGGUCUUAAGAAAGCAAAAGAGAUACGCUGUCAAGAAGGCUUUAGCUAAGGCUUAA